CUGCACAGUAUGCAAGAUAGUGUUUGUGUGUGUUUGUGUGUGUGAGAGACAGAGAGCGAGAGAGAGAGAAAGCAAGAGAGGGGAAGGGAGAUAGACCGAGAGAGCGAAGCAGUGUGAGGGGUACCUAGAAAGGACAACUGGGGCAAUCAUAAAGGGGUAAAGGGAACAGCAGAAAAAAGCGUGGCAUUGGAAAAACGUGGUGCUAAAGUGUAGCGAUGUGAUGACUAGAUGAUCAGCUACGACGUGCCUCAGCAUCCUGCUCUGCAGCCUUGACAGGAGUUGACACGACAAAUUGGCAUACACUGCUACACUACAGCACCAUGUCAUCUACGGGGUCAACCAAACACAACAAACGUCUGGCGUCUGAGACAGACAACUCCCAGAGAGUGUUGGGCAACGAAUCUACACAACAUCUCAAGCUGAGGGAGAGACAGCGUUUUUUUGAGGAGGUCUACCAGCAAGAUGUUGAUAACUACCUGCCCUCUGCCCACCUGCAGAUUGACAGCAGGAAACCCCCCAUGGGAAGUAUCUCAUCAAUGGAGGUAAAUGUGGAUGUGCUAGAGCAAAUGGACCUGAUGGACAUAUCUGACCAAGAAGCCCUUGAUGUGUUCCUUAAUGCUGGAUCAGGAGGAGACGAGGGAGCCCUUGCAUCCCCACUACCAGAUGGAGAGGAUGAAGAUGAUGAUGAAGCAGACGAAGAGGCCGAGGUUAUCUACAGGGUGUGUCCACCAUUGCAACGGCAAAAUGAAGACUCCAACUCUUCAAAGUCCCGCAUUUCUUCGACGUCGUCGGGCUCCAGUGAUACGAGUGGUGGCAGAGCAGACACACCGGUAAUUCAGUCAGACGAUGAGGAAAUCCAUGCUGAUACCCAACUGCUGACCUCUGUUCCUCAUACUGGUGAUGACGAAACAGAGGAUGAAGAAGAAGAGCAAAGAUGCCUGCUGACGAAAUCACAAAGACUAAAAUAGAAAGAAACGUCUCUGUACAUUUCUUGUGAAACCUAAGCAUGAUUCACCUGCUGUGAUUUGUCCUUUGAAUACUUGUGUGUAUAAUAUCAAGAUAAUAUACUUCACAAUUUAAACGGUACAUUUUUUCCUCUUUGUUAAUGGAAAAAACAUUUCAGUCAAAGUUCCUGUUGAGACAUUCAACACAAAUUAUACAGUAGGAGUUAUUCAACGCCCACACACUUACUGUAGUUAAUGUUACUGCUUGCUUCCUGAGAACCUCCCUUGCGUUGAUUGUGAUUUCAAAGCAGGUAUCAAGCAGCCAUGUUGAAAAAAAGAAAGCUGCAGUGCAACUUGACUUUUCUGAUUUUUAUUUUAUGUUAAACCAUAACAAUCUGCAAUUCAUUGUACUUUAGUAAUGCUGACAUGCCUAGAGUGAAUUGCUUUCGUCAAUAUAGGUAGUUUUCUUGGCCAACAGAGUGGAAGGGUGUGCCAGGCGAAACAGUUUCCAAGUCUUAAAAGUUAAUUGCUUGGAUCUUACGCCUUAUGCGCUUGCAUUGCAGGGUUUACGUUGACAAUUAAAAGCAGUGGCCAUAAAGCGUCAGUUUGAAAACGACACUUUUGAUGGGUGUGUUGAAUUCGCAGAAGUGUGUGUUAUGAAUGCACUUACUAAAAACGUGCUCACGUGUAUUUGUUUUGGUAGUGAUUUGGUAGUGAGAUCUUGUAUCACUCACUCUGCUACUUCAUGACUGUUGUAAAGAGCAGGUAUUUUUCUACCCUAGCCCAUAUUUUGUGUGGAUUUACAACGUUAUGUGAAUGAGAGAUUAACAUUGUAAAUAUAGAUUUUUACACACAUAAUAUUUUUCAAAAAUGUCUCAACACCGGAAUCACUAAAAAACUAUAUGUUGAGUGGGUUAACGGUAAUAUGUAUCUUUAAUAAAUCUAGGUUCUGAAAUUCACACUGAGAUCUCAACAAAGGUCUGUAAACCAUUAACGAAAAAUGAUAAUCAUGUAAAGCUGAUAAAUUGCAUUAGCUGAGCUUUAAUAUCCGCCUUUUUUUUUGUUACAUAAUGGCAUGCCUCGAAUUAAAAUUUAAAAGAUGGGAUUGCCUUUUUACAUACCAAUCAGUUUUCUCACUGUGACUUAAACUUCACUGAUUUCAUCCAUCAAAAAUUGUUGAAAUAAAGUGUAACGCAAGCACUGCUAGGGAAGCCAUAGAAAAAACGUGCUUUAAUAAGCUGAUCAUGUCUAAUAUUUUCAUUAUACAGUGGUAUGAAAAAGUAUCUGAAACUUAUGGAAUUUCUCACAUUUCUGCAUAAAAUUACCAUCAAAUGUGAUUCUUCUGUACAAAACUGCUGUAGUUCAGUCAGAUUCUAGGGAUGUCUGACAUGAAUUGCUGUCUUUAGGUAAUGCCACAGCAUCUUAAUGGGGUUCAAGUCUGGACUUUGACUUGGCCGCUCCAGAACUUGUAUUUUGUUCUUCUGAAACCAGUCUGAGGUUGAUUUAUUUUGGAUCAUUGUCUUGUUGCAGAAUCCAUCCUCUUUUUGCUUCAACUGUCUGACAGACGGCCUCAGGUUUUCCUGCAAAUUAUCCUGAUAAACUUUUUGAAUUUAUUCUUCCAUUAAUGAUUGCAAGUUGUCCAGGCCCUGAGGUAGCAAAACAGCCCCAAAUCAUUAUGCUCCCUCCACCAUACAUGACGUUGUGUGUUACUCCCAAACAAUUCAACUUUGGUUUCAUCAGUCCACGAAAUAUUUAGCCAAAACUUCUGUGGAGUGUCCUAGUGUCUUUUUGGGAACGUUAAAGGAGCAACAAUGUUUUGUUUUUGUUUUUUUUGACAGCAGUGGCUUCCUCCGUGGAGUCCUCCCAUGAACACCAUUCUUGGCCAUAGUUGUACAUAUAGUUGAUUUGUGCUCAGAGAUCUUGGACUGUGCCAGUGAUUUCUGUGAGUCUUCAGCAGACACUAGGGUUCUUUUUUACCUCUCUGUGUAUUCUGUGCUGAACCCUUGGCAUCAUCUUUGGUCAACGGCAACCUCUUGGGAGAGAAGCAACAGUGUCAAACUCUCUCCAUUUGUAGACAAUCUUCCAGACUUUUAGAGAUGGUUUUGUGUCCUUUCCCAGCUUUGUACAAAUCAACAAUCCUUGAUCGCAGAUCUUCAGACAGCUCUUUUCACCGAGCCAUGAUGCACAUCAGACAAUGCUUCUCAUCAAGACAAUUCUUACCAGGUGUGUGUUUUAGAAUGGUCAGGGCAGCUUUAAACCACUCUUCAGGGAUUGGGCACACACCUGACUUAAAUUGUUUGGUAAAAAUGUUUUUUAAUUGUUCUUUAAGUCUCCUUAGGCGGAGGGUUCACUUACUUAUUUGCCACCCCUUCUGUCAUUGUUUUCACGCUAUCCUCAAGCAGACACUGUUUUUACAUCCGUGUGAUUUUGACAGAUCAGAUCAUAUUUGAUGGUGAUUUUAUGCAGAAAUGUGAGAAAUUCCAAAAGGUUGAGAUACUUUUUCAUAUCACUGUACAUGAUUUGUCAUUCUCCACUGUGAAUAAAAAACCUUGCAACUGCUAUGUGUCACCAAAAAUGCACAAUACUAUUGUAUUUUUCUGUGAGGUGCAAAUGUUGUGCAGCUGUUUAAUGUAUAAAACCACUCACCCAUACAAUCUUUUGAAACAAGGCAAGUACCCCAAAACAGGUGUUUUUGAGUCUUUACAAAAUGAUACUGUAUACAUGUUUACAAAUGCACUGAAGUUGUGAAUGCAUGCCUUUUGUGACUAGUACAGUACAUAUAUAUUUAUGUUGUGCAACAUCAUCGUAAUGCAUGAAUGUCUAAGCUAAAAUCUCUUGUAAUUGCUAAGUGCUUGGUCGGACAAGUUGUAUCUGUGUGAAAUGACUUUUCAUGCCUGACGUAUCAAUUUGAGUGGGUGUGAGAGAUUAUCGAACUGAGAAGUUGAAAAAACACAAGGCCAACUGAGGUCGUUAUCCAUAGAUUGUCAUGUAUAAAUAUAAUGGAAGAAAAAUGAGAAGAAAAAUAAUUAUCAAUUCCUCAUCUCUACGGGUAAUACUUGGUACCGUAUUUUUCGGACUAUAAGUUGCACCUGAGUAUAAGUCGCACCAGCCAUAAAAUGCCCAACGAAUAGGGAAAAAACAUACAGGGUAUCCAUAAAGUCUCUUUACCAUUUAGAAAAUUUAUUAAAAAUGCAAUUGAUUAGAUAUUUUAUUCAGAUUUGUUCUAUUGUAUUCAGCCUCUAUUGAAGUUUUUGUUUUUUUUACCUCUUUUAAUACACUUCUACAUGGGCACCAUUAGUUGCACGAAGCACAUCAAGACGGUACUCGAUUUCUUGCCAUGUUCGCUGUAGCAUAGCCUCAUCAAUUGUGGCAAUGACAUCAGUAAUCCUUCGCUUAAGGUCAGUAAUAUCCCUUAUCUUUGUUUGAUACACGAAAUCUUUAACAUAGCCCCAUAGAAAGAAAUCCAGGUUCACCAU